CCUCCGGCCACACCUCCAACUCCCAACCAAACCCAGAAGGAAAGAGCGCAACCAAGAGCCCAAGAUCUGCACACGAGGACAGGCGCGAGCUCCUCCGGGCAACCAUGGCCGUGGACCUCAUGGGCUGCUUCGCCCCGCGCCGCGCCGACGACCAGCUCGCCAUCCAGGAGGCGGCCGCCGCCGGCCUCCGCAGCCUGGAGCUCCUCGUCUCGUCCCUCUCCGCCGCGCCUUCUUCCAAGGCGGCGCAUCCUCAACAGCAGCAGCAGCAGCCGUUCGGGGAGAUCGCCGACCAGGCCGUCUCCAAGUUCCGCAAGGUGAUCUCCAUCCUCGACCGCACCGGCCACGCCCGCUUCCGCCGCGGGCCCGUCGAGUCGCCGCCUCACGCUCCGGUCGUCUCUGCCCCUCCCCCGCCUCCGCCGCCGCAGGCUGCCCCUGUGGCUACCGUCGUCGCGCCGGUGGUUGUCGCGCCGCAGCCGCAGCCGCAGAGCCUGACGCUCGACUUCACCAAGCCGAACCUGACCAUGUCGGCCGCAACCUCCGUGACCUCCACCUCCUUCUUCUCGUCCGUGACCGCCGGCGAGGGGAGCGUCUCCAAGGGCCGGAGCCUGGGCAAGCCGCCGCUGUCCGGGCACAAGAGGAAGCCCUGCGCCGGCGCGCACUCCGAGGCCAACACCACCGGCAGCCGAUGCCACUGCUCCAAGAGAAGAAAGAACCGCGUGAAGACGACGAUCAGAGUGCCGGCGGUGAGCUCCAAGAUCGCCGACAUCCCGGCGGACGAGUUCUCGUGGAGGAAGUACGGCCAGAAGCCCAUCAAGGGAUCCCCUUACCCACGGGGAUACUACAAGUGCAGCACAGUAAGAGGGUGCCCGGCGAGGAAGCACGUGGAGCGCGCCACCGACGACCCGGCGAUGCUGGUGGUGACGUACGAGGGCGAGCACCGCCACUCGCCGGUGCCCCUGGGUGCGCCGUCGCCGAUGCCGCCCAUGUCCGCCGCCGCUUCCGGCGUAGCUAGUCUUUCUGCCGGCAACGGGCAUGCCUAACCUAAUUAGUCUCGGUUCUUUUUUUCCCCUUUUGAGUGGCUUCGAUCUCAAAUCUGAUGAUGUUGCGCCUGUAAAGAAAUUCAGACUGUAGAAAGAGGGAGACGGAAAAAAAACUUUGAUGCCAGAGAGAUUUUACUAC